GUCUAGUUUCACGAAACUAUAGGAAAUCUAGAAUAAUAGUGUAUCAUGUAACAAAAAAAAAAAAGAACUGUUUCCCGGAAAGACAUUAACUAAGAACUAGAUUAAUUAUCGGUUUUAGCGCUUUCACAUUCGAACGACGCACGUUGUUUUUCGCUGCGCGUUGCGUGCGCUGUGUUAUGACAGUUCGUCCUAUGUGCGGUUUAAUCAAGGCACGAUAGCAGAGUCGCACAUAUAUAAUAUACAAGAGACGGGACGCACGGUUAUGUCUGAAUAAGAAUAGACAGUAAGAGCUCGUGGAGAAUGCGUUGCAUCGGCGGUGUUCGUUGUUGAAUAUUACAGAGAGCGAUGCAGAACACGUGCUCCGCUGAUGGGGAGAUGGAGCAAAGCUGGUCGGAGAAGAGGACCAUCAGGUUUCGCGGUACUGACAAAAAUCAUGUGUCAUCCAACAAUAGACAGCGAGUGGAAAAUGUGGAUCCACACUAUAGGUCGCAAUUAUCGGACGGGCAAGAUCCGAAGAAAAAACAAAAAGCGUCGUUGAUGCAAUUUCUAAGGACAGAAUUAACAAGGGAUUAUCAGCUGGAAUAUGACGAGGAAACAUUCUCUGCCAGAAGGGAGAAGGUUUACUCGUUUAUAAAAAUUCCUAGAGAGGUGGAAAACUUUAUGGCUUAUGGUUUUUUUCAGUGUGCAGAUUCCUUUCUCUUUGUGUAUACAUUUUUACCAAUAAGAUUUGCAAUGGCUCUAUGGGCAGUGAUUACGAGACCUUUACGACAUUGCUUAAGGGGUGGAAGUGAAAAAGUUGGCGCGAAAAAUACAGAGACGUAUUUAAGCCCAGCUGAGGUGUGCGAUUUAUUAAAAGGGAUUGUAGUAAUAGGUUGUUGGAUAGCUACCUGGAAAGUGGUAGACACUUCCAUGAUGUAUCAUUUGGUUAAAAGUCAGUCGGUUAUAAAAUUAUACAUAUUCUACAAUAUGCUAGAGGUAGGAGAUCGUCUUUUCAGUGCUUUUGGCCAAGAUGCUAUAGAUGCUCUACUUUGGACCGCUACCGAGCCGCGCUCGCGUUCAAAAUCCACGCGUGCGCCACAUUUGGGUACAUUGCCGCAUCUUUUAUUUACCCUCACUUAUGUGUUGUUGCACAGCAUAUUGGUAUUGUUCCAAGCAACAACAUUAAAUGUAGCGAUCAACAGCAGUAACAAAGCCCUUCUAACAAUUAUGAUGUCUAACAAUUUUGUGGAACUGAAGGGUUCUGUGUUCAAGAAGUUUGACAAAAACAACUUGUUUCAAUUAUCUUGUGCCGACGUCAGGGAAAGAUUUCACCUAGCGAUGCUACUCCUUGCAGUGAGUCUACAAACAAUGAAAGAAUACGCAUGGCACAGCGAUCGUUUCGCUGUUUUGCUGCCCGACUGCGUGAUACUGUUGUUUGCAGAAGUUCUUGUUGAUUGGGUGAAACACGCGUUCAUCACACGUUUCAACGAGUUGCCUUCAACCGUCUACAGGGAUUAUACCGUGAGUUUGGCGUAUGAUAUGACGCAGGCACGUCGAGAAACAGCGUUCUCGGAUCCCUCGGAUUUAGUCGCACGGCGAAUGGGCUUUAUACCUCUUCCCCUGGGAGUCGCCAUGGCCCGUGUUCUAUGUACAACCAUCACACCAUCCGCGAGACCCGCUGAUAUUAUACUUUUAUUAUUAGCUUAUCUUAUACUAGUGGCUCUUCGCAUAUUAAAUAGUUUAAUUAUUCUCGGUAAAGCGAGCGAUAUAAUAUCGCACACGCAAGCCGAUAAAGACGACGUAGCCUCGAAAUCUCCGUCGCAUAAACGUGCUAAUAGUGCCGAUAUGAAAAACCCAAAUCUUGGUACGGCCAUCCUAUCAAAUAGCGCCGUCAGCUUGAAUAACGUCUAUUUGAAUGAUGUAUUUUUAAAUACGGAAGAGACGCAUAAAACUGAAAAAAUUCAGUGUAACGACGACGAGUUUACAGUUGCCGCAAAAACCGUACUAAGGACAGGAAGCGUACCCCAUCUUCCGCAAUGACAAAUCUUAAUAGCGCAAUUGAAGUACAAUGAUUUUUUUUAUUUAUGAAUUGUACAUAUUUUCCGUUGUACAUAUAUAUACAUGCACAAAUACUAUAUGAAUGCUUUUUUGCAGUAAUCUUUAUAUAAUAUACCUAUGUAAGGAUAAUACAUUUUUGGUUAUUGUUUA